UGGAAGAAGCGCUGGUUUAUCCUGCGGAGUGGCCGGAUGAGUGGAGACCCAGAUGUUUUGGAAUACUACAAGAAUGAUCACUCCAAGAAGCCCCUGCGGAUCAUCAACCUGAACUUCUGUGAGCAGGUGGAUGCAGGCCUGACCUUUAACAAAAAGGAGCUGCAGGAUAGUUUCGUGUUUGACAUCAAGACCAGUGAGCGCACCUUUUACCUGGUGGCUGAGACAGAAGAGGACAUGAACAAGUGGGUCCAGAGCAUCUGUCAGAUCUGUGGCUUCAACCAGGCUGAAGAGAGCACAGACUCACUGAGAAACAUCUCUGCAGCCAGUCACCAUGGCCCCCGCUCUUCCCCGGCUGAGCUCAGCAGCUCCAAUCAGCACCUUCUCCGAGAACGAAAGUCCUCAGCACCAUCGCACUCCAGCCAGCCAACCCUGUUCACGUUUGAGCCCCCCAUGUCGAACCAUGUGCAGCCCACCUUGUCCACUAGCGCGCCUCAGGAGUAUCUCUACUUGCACCAGUGCAUAAGCCGGAGAGCAGAAAACGCAAGGAGUGCCAGCUUCUCUCAGGGCACCAGGGCCUCAUUUCUCAUGAGGAGCGACACAGCUGUACAAAAACUUGCCCAGGGCAAUGGACACUGUGUCAACGGGGUCAGUGGUCAAGUCCAUGGCUUCUAUAGCCUUCCCAAGCCAAGCCGGCACAAUGCAGAAUUCAGAGACAGUGCCUAUGACCUCCCCCGGAGCCUGGCCUCCCAUGGCCACACAAAGAGCAGCCUCACAGGCUCCGAGACAGAUAACGAGGAUGUAUACACCUUCAAGACGCCCAGCAACACACUGUGCCGGGAGUUUGGAGACCUCCUGGUAGACAAUAUGGACGUUCCAGCCACCCCACUGUCAGCCUACCAGAUCCCAAGGACAUUCACUCUGGAUAAAAACCACAAUACCAUGGCAGUGGCCUCUCCUGGGGAUUCAGCCAUAGCUCCUCCACCCCGCCCCCCCAAGCCAAGUCAAGCAGAAACACCUCGAUGGGGCAGCCCUCAGCAGAAACCUCCAGUCAGUGAGAAUAACAGAUCUGUUUCCAUCGCUGCCACCAUCCCAAGGCGCAAUACUCUUCCUGCCAUGGACAACAGCCGACUUCACCGAGCUUCUUCCUGUGAGACCUACGAGUGCCCCCAGCGUGGUGGAGAGGGUGCAUCCAGGUCCGCUGGGUCCAUGAGUGAUGGAGUCAGUUCUUUCCUGCCAGGGAAAACAGUUGUGGGCCGAUCAGAUAGCACCAGUUCUGAAGACAACUACGUGCCCAUGAACCCAGGUUCCUCCACCCUCCUGGCCAUGGAGAGAGCAGGUGAUAAUUCCCAGAGUGUCUACAUCCCCAUGAGCCCAGGGCCCCAUCACUUUGACCCACUUGGCUACCCAUCCACAACCCUUCCUAUGCACCGAGGCCCCAGCCGAGGAAGUGAGAUCCAGCCACCCCCUGUCAAUCGCAACCUCAAACCUGAUCGGAAAGCAAAGCCAACACCCCUUGACCUGAGAAACAACACCGUCAUCGAUGAGCUCCCUUUCAAAUCACCCAUCACCAAGUCUUGGUCUAGGGCCAACCACAGCUUCAACCCCAGCUCUUCCCAGUACUGCCGCCCUAUCUCUACGCAGAGCAUCACCAGCACGGACUCGGGAGACAGCGAGGAGAACUAUGUCCCUAUGCAAAACCCAGUGUCUGCAUCUCCUGUUCCCAGCGGCACCAACAGUCCAGCCCCUAAGAAGAGCACGGGCAGUGUCGAUUAUCUGGCCCUGGACUUCCAGCCAAGCUCCCCAAGCCCCCACCGCAAGCCAUCCACUUCAUCCGUCACUUCUGAUGAGAAGGUGGAUUAUGUUCAGGUGGACAAGGAGAAGACCCAGGCCCUACAGAACACCAUGCAGGAGUGGACAGACGUUCGGCAAUCCUCGGAGCCUUCCAAGGGCGCCAAGCUGUGACCCGAGGAGGGGACACCAAGCCUAGGGAGGGGCCAGGAGGCAGUGUCUCCAGAGCUCCGCUCUCCACCUUCCCUCCCUUCCCCUUCCCCAACACCUUUCCUUUCUGCCACUCUCGGCCUUCAAAGCACUUGACAUCAGGGACCCUGAACCCUUCCCCUGGGAGGUUAGGGCCUGAUCAAGGCACUUCCUCUGCCCACUCGGGGCCCACUUGUGAUUUUUAUCAGUAAUGGCCAUGCCUCCACUCACCUUAGUUAGGAGCUAUUGCCAAAAACAUCCUUCAGCCUCUUCCUGGCCUUUAGACCUAUCUACCAGACGUUUGGAGAGAGGGGUUGGGGCUCUGAGCCAGAUACCACGCCUCACAUUCAGUCACAGUCCUCAGCCCUCUUCCCUCCAGCCACUGGGCUACCUCUCCUUCAGUCCCAGGAGAAGACAAAUCGUCUCACUAACCCAGGGAGCCGAGGACCAGCAGACCAAAGUACAGAUGGACUUUUUCAUCCCUGUUUUUCUUGGCAGAGGGAGGUAAGGCCACCAAAAGAUGAAAUAGUUGAGAAGAAAGGCCAGAGGUGGUCCUGAGAGGCAAACGGAUUAGGUCUCCAGACACAGAAAGGCAGCUGAUACCUGGAGGGGGUCCCGACUUUCAGGCUGAGGCCAUGGCAGGGCAGCAGCUGUGGUUGGGCAGGCAAAAGGAUGAAAGACAAAAGGAAGGGAGAAGUGAUGAUAGGCAGCCGAGGAGCAUCAGGGCUUGCAGCUCAGGAGAUGGCGGUGACAAGGACAGUGUCUGGUCAGGGUCUCCCAAACUCAGGAGCCACAGGCCUACUUUGUCACUCUCUGAUGAUGCCACUCUGGGCCAGAGGCAGUCUUCUCCUCCAACUCCCCUCAG